AUGCACACACAUCAUUCCCACAGUGGAGAUUAUGUCUCACAUGCUGUGGAUCCUUUAGAAGAUAUGGUAAAGCUAUACCAUGAAAAGAAAUUUGCCAUAGUUUGUUUAACAGAACAUAUGCCACGAUUAGAAAAUAGGUUCUUAUAUCCCGAGGAAAUUGAAAAAUCAUAUACCACCUGUAACUUAAAUUCCGAUUUCAAUAAGUUUAUAAAACAUGCUACUGAUUUACAAAUGAGAUAUCAAGAUAUGAAAAUAAUACUUGGUUUUGAAGUAGAAGGUAUAAAUGCUGAACAUAUUGAAUAUUCCCAAAAAUUACUCGAUAAAGUACAAAUGAGCGUGGGGUCUGUUCAUUUUGUGAAUGAAAUACCAAUUGAUUUUUCAAAAGAAUUAUGGUUAAAAGCAAGAGAAUCAACCAAGGAAAACACUACCAGGGCAUUAUAUCGCGAUUAUUUUGAAUUACAAUAUUCAGUUAUUUCACGAUUAAAACCAACGGUAAUUGGUCAUUUUGAUUUAAUUAGAUUAUUACAACCUGAAGAUGACGUUGAUCCUACCACAGGGAAGUUAUCCUCAGAUAUUGAUUUAGAAAAAGACUGGCCGGAAAUUUGGGAAUUGGUUAUUCGAAACAUUGAAUUUGUCAAACUGUAUGGUGGUUUAUUUGAAUUGAACUCUUCUGCUUUGAGAAAAGGAUGGAAUACAUCAUAUCCAAAGAGAGAUAUUGCCAAUGCUAUAAUUAAACAUGGAGGAGCAAGGUUUUGUCUAUCUGAUGAUGCCCACUCUUUGGCUCAAGUUGGAUUAAAUUAUGAUAAAACAUUGGCAUACGUCAAGUCUUUGGGACUUGAACGACUUUAUUUCUUGGAUCUAGAAGAUAGUAAAGUGGUUAUCAAAAGCGAGACUAUUAAUUCGUUAGAAAAACAUCCAUUCUGGUAA